CACACUUACACACACACACACACAUACACACACACAGGCGCCGCCGCCGCCGCUGCUGCUCACACUGUCCGGCCACUUGGAAAUUUCCCUGAACGCGGAGGAUAUAGAAGUGCUGAGGAGCGGACUGUUGGCUAAUGUGCAUCUGCUGGAAAUGCCUCAGUAGAUGAUCUGAAGCUGUGAACACCAGCAGACGUUCAAGGCUGCGUUCCCCUCAGCAAUAAGGUGUAGCUGCAGCCCCUCCCCCACACACCACCUGCCAAGAUGGUGGCGCUGUCACUGAAAAUCUGCGUUCGCCAAUGCAACGUCGUCAAGACUAUGCAGUUCGAGCCCUCCACAGCCGUCUACGAUGCCUGUCGGAUCAUAAGGGAGAGGGUCCCAGAGGCUCAGACUGGACAGGCUUCAGAUUACGGCCUCUUUCUGUCUGAUGAAGACCCCAGGAAAGGCAUCUGGUUGGAGUCUGGUAGGACGCUGGACUACUACAUGCUCCGAAAUGGGGACAUCCUUGAAUAUAAGAAGAAGCAGAGGCCCCAGAAGAUCAAAAUGUUGGACGGGGCUAUUAAAACCAUCAUGGUGGACGACUCCAAAACAGUGGGAGAGCUGCUUGUGACUAUAUGCAGUAGAAUAGGCAUCACCAACUAUGAAGAAUACUCUCUGAUCCAGGAGACGGUGGAGGAGAAGAAGGAGGAUGGGAUGGGCACUCUGAAAAAAGACAGGACUCUGCUUCGUGAUGAGAGGAAAAUGGAGAAGCUGAAAGCCAAACUGCACACAGACGAUGACUUGAAUUGGCUCGACCACAGCAGGACUUUCAGAGAGCAAGGGGUGGACGAAAACGAGACACUUUUGCUCAGACGCAAAUUCUUCUACUCUGACCAGAAUGUGGACUCUCGAGAUCCGGUCCAGCUCAACCUGCUUUAUGUCCAGGCUCGAGAUGACAUCCUGAAUGGUUCUCACCCCGUCUCAUUUGACAAGGCCUGUGAAUUUGGAGGCAUUCAGGCCCAGAUCCAGUUUGGACCGCACAUAGAACAUAAACACAAACCUGGAUUCCUAGACCUGAAGGAAUUUCUGCCCAAAGAAUACAUAAAGCAAAGAGGAGCGGAGAAGAAAAUAUUCCAGGAACACAAAAACUGUGGAGAAAUGACAGAGAUCGAAGCAAAAGUGAAAUAUGUCAAACUGGCCCGAUCUCUGCGGACGUAUGGCGUCUCCUUCUUCUUGGUCAAGGAAAAGAUGAAGAGUAAGAACAAGCUGGUGCCACGGCUCCUGGGGAUCACCAAAGAGUCUGUGAUGAGAGUGGAUGAGAAGACCAAAGAUGUGGUUCAGGAGUGGCCUCUUACAACUGUGAAGAGGUGGGCAGCGUCACCCAAGAGCUUCACACUGGACUUUGGGGAGUACCAGGAGAGCUACUACUCUGUGCAGACCACUGAAGGGGAACAGAUCUCCCAGCUCAUUGCCGGUUACAUCGACAUCAUCCUCAAAAAGAAGCAAAGCAAGGACCGCUUUGGUUUAGAAGGCGAUGAGGAGUCGACCAUGCUUGAGGAAUCUGUAUCCCCUAAAAAGUCCACCAUUCUGCAGCAGCAGUUUAACCGUGUGGGCCGGGUGGAGCACGGCUCUGUGGCGCUGCCAGGGGUGAUUCGCUCCGGCUCCAUCGGCACAGAGUCACUCAGCAUGGGCACCAUGCCGUCAGCUCAGCAGCAGAUCACAAUGGGUCAGAUGCACCGUGGACACAUGCCACCUCUGAGUUCAGCACAGCAAGCUCUGAUGGGAACCAUCAACACUAGCAUGCAAGCUGUGCAAAAAGCCCAGAUUGACCUGGGGGAGGUCGACAACCUGCCACCACUUGGACAGGACAUGGCAUCCAAGGUGUGGAUACAGAACAAGAUGGAUGAGUCAAAACAUGAGAUCCACUCUCAGGUUGAUGCCAUCACUGCAGGAACAGCCUCAGUUGUCAACCUCACAGCUGGCGACCCAACUGAUACCGACUACACCGCAGUGGGCUGUGCCAUCACCACCAUCUCCUCCAACCUGACAGAAAUGUCAAAGGGUGUGAAGUUGUUGGCUGCGCUAAUGGAGGACGAGGUGGGAGGUGGAAAUGACCUGAUGAAGGCUGCCAGGACCCUUGCAGGUGCAGUGUCUGACCUGCUGAAGGCUGUGGAGCCAGCCUCUGGAGAGCCCAGACAGACUGUGCUGACAGCAGCAGGCAGCAUCGGCCAGGCCAGCGGAGACCUCCUGCGCCAGAUCGGAGAGAGCGAGACAGACGAGAGGUUCCAGGACAUCCUGAUGAAUCUGGCCAAAGCAGUGGCCAAUGCUGCAGCCAUGUUGGUGCUGAAGGCCAAGAAUGUGGCUCAGGUUGCAGAAGACACCGUGCUUCAGAACCGGGUUAUUGCAGCCGCCACCCAGUGUGCCCUGUCCACUUCCCAGCUGGUGGCAUGUGCAAAGGUGGUCAGUCCUACCAUCAGUUCCCCAGUUUGCCAGGAACAGUUAAUUGAAGCUGGGAAGCUGGUGGAUCGCUCGGUGGAGAGCUGUGUCCAGGCCUGUCUCUCAGCUACAGAGGAUGGCGAACUCCUUAAACAGGUGAGCGCUGCAGCCAGUGUAGUGAGUCAGUCCCUGGGAGACCUCCUGCAACACGUCCGUCAGUACACCUCCAGGGGAGAGCCUAUUGGACGCUACGACCAGGCCACGGACACCAUCAUGACGGUCACAGAGAGCAUCUUCAGCUCAAUGGGAGAUGCAGGAGAGAUGGUCCGCCAGGCUCGGGUCCUGGCUCAGGCUACCUCAGACCUGGUAAAUGCAAUGAGGUCUGAUGCUGAGGCCGAGGUGGAUGUUGACAAUUCGAAGAAGUUGCUGGCAGCUGCUAAACUGCUGGCUGAUGCAACUGCAAGGAUGGUGGAGGCAGCGAAGGGCGCAGCAGCGUAUCCAGAGAAUGAGGACCAGCAGCAGAGACUGAGGGAGGCUGCAGAGGGGCUGCGCGUGGCCACCAACGCAGCUGCUCAGAACGCCAUCAAGAAAAAACUGAUCAACAGACUGGAGAAUGCUGCCAAGCAAGCUGCAGCUGCAGCCACUCAGACCAUUGCUGCUGCUCAAAACGCUGCUGCCUCUAACAAGAACACGGCUGCACACCAACAACUGGUGCAGAGCUGUAAGGCAGUGGCAGACCAUAUCCCACAGCUUGUCCAGGGUGUGCGUGGCAGUCAAGCCAAACCAGAGGACCUCAGUGCUCAACUAGCACUCAUCAUCGCCAGUCAGAACUUCCUACAGCCUGGUAGUAAGAUGGUGACCUCAGCUAAGUCGUCAGUUCCUACGGUGUCAGAUCAGGCUGCAGCCAUGCAACUGGGUCAGUGUGCCAAGAACCUGGCCACCUGCCUGGCUGAACUGAGGACGUCUGCACAGAAGGCUCACGAAGCUUGUGGCCCCAUGGAGAUCGACUCUGCACUCACUGCUAUCCAAACCCUUAGAAGUGAACUUCAAGAUGCCAAGCUGGCAGCUGCUAAUGCCCAAUUGAAACCACUUCCUGGAGAAUCACUGGAGAAAUGCGCACAGGAUCUGGGCAGCACCUCAAAGUCUGUUGGAUCCUCUAUGGCUCAGCUGCUGACCUGUGCUGCACAAGGAAAUGAACACUACACAGGAAUAGCAGCCAGGGAGACAGCUCAGGCCCUGAAAACCCUGGCCCAGGCGGCCCGUGGUGUCGCUGCUUCUACCACUGACCCCAAAGCUGCAGCCGCCAUGUUGGACUCUGCCCGAGACGUCAUGGAAGGUUCAGCGCUCCUCAUACAUGAGGCCAAGGAAGCGCUGAUCUCCCCAGGAGAUGCAGAGAGUCAGCAGAGACUGGCACAGGUUGCCAAGGCCGUGUCUCACUCCCUGAAUAACUGCGUCAACUGUCUGCCUGGCCAGAAGGAUGUGGACAUGGCCCUCAAGAGCAUCGGAGAGGCCAGCAAGAAGCUUCUGAUUGAAACUAUCCCCCCUGCCUCCAAGUCAUUCCAGGAGGCUCAGAGUGAGCUGAACCAAACCGCUGCAGACCUGAACCAGUCUGCAGGUGAGGUGGUCCACGCCUCCAGAGGCUCCAGCAGUCAGCUUGCUGUGGCUUCUGGGAAAUUCAGCCAAGACUUUGAUGAGUUCCUUGAUGCAGGCAUUGAGAUGGCCGGGCACACUCAGAAAAAAGAUGACCAGGUACAGGUGAUCGGUAAUCUGAAGAACAUCUCGAUGGCUUCUAGCAAGCUGCUGCUGGCUGCUAAGAGUCUGUCAGUCGACCCUGCAGCUGCCAAUGCUAAGAACCUACUCGCUGCUGCUGCAAGAGCAGUGACUGACAGCAUCAACCAGCUGAUCACACUGUGCACACAGCAGGCUCCUGGCCAGAAGGAGUGUGACAACGCCUUGAGAGAGCUGGAGGCUGUCAGGGGAAUGUUGGACAACCCCAAUGAGCCGGUCAGUGACCUGUCCUACUUCGACUGCAUUGAGAGUGUGAUGGAAAACUCCAAGGUUCUUGGAGAGUCUAUGGCUGGCAUUUCUCAGAACUGUAAGACUGGAGAUGUGCCCUCGUUUGGAGAUUGUGUGGGAUCAGCGUCCAAGGCGCUGUGUGGACUCACUGAAGCUGCAGGACAGGCUGCCUACCUGGUCGGGGUGUCUGACCCCAACAGUCAGGCAGGACACCAGGGCUUGGUGGACCCCAUCCAGUUCGCCAAAGCCAACCAGGCGAUCCAGAUGGCCUGUCAGAAUCUGGUAGACCCAGACAGCAGCCCCUCCCAGGUGCUUUCAGCAGCCACCAUUGUUGCUAAGCACACCUCGGCUCUGUGCAACGCCUGCCGUCUGGCCUCUUCCAAGACGACCAACCCAGUUGCCAAGAGGCACUUUGUCCAGUCUGCCAAGGAGGUGGCCAACAGCACCGCCAACUUGGUCAAAACCAUCAAAGCUCUUGAUGGAGAUUUCUCAGAGGAAAACAGGAACAGGUGUCGAGUUGCUACAGCGCCACUAAUCGAGGCUGUGGAAAACCUGACAACAUUUGCUUCCAACCCAGAGUUUGCCAGUAUCCCUGCUCAAAUUAGCAAUGAGGGUUCUGUAGCACAGGAGCCUAUUCUCCAAUCGGCAGGAUCUAUGCUUGACAGCUCCACCCACCUGCUCAAGACUGCACGGUCAUUGGUAAUCAACCCAAAAGACCCGCCCACCUGGUCUGUUCUUGCUGGUCACUCUCGCACUGUUUCCGAUUCCAUCAAGAGCCUCAUCACAGCAAUCCGGGACAAGGCUCCAGGUCAGCGGGAGUGUGACUCGUCAAUUGAUAACAUCAACAAAUGUAUCCGGGACAUUGAGCAGGCCUCUCUGGCUGCAGUCAGCCAGAACCUACCCAGCAGGGACGACAUCUCACUGGAGGCGCUACAAGAGCAGCUGACGUCCACCGUGCAGGAAAUUGGCCACUUAAUUGACCCUGUUUCCACUGCUGCCAGAGGCGAAGCUUCCCAACUAGGACACAAGGUCACCCAGUUGGCCCGUUACUUUGACCCACUCAUCAAGGCGUCUGUGGGUGUUGCAUCCAAGCUGAAGGACCAUCAGCAGCAGAUGACUUUCCUGGACCAAACUAAGACCUUGGCCGAGUCUGCCCUACAGAUGCUGUACGCUGCCAAAGAGGGAGGAGGAAACCCAAAGGCCUCUCAUACUCAUGACGCUAUAGCUGAGGCCGCCCAGCUCAUGAAGGAGGCGGUGGACGAUAUCAUGGUGACUCUGAACGAGGCUGCCAGUGAAGUGGGCUUAGUGGGAGGCAUGGUGGAGUCCAUCGCAGACGCCAUGGCCAAGCUUGAUGAAGGUACACCACCUGAACCCGAAGGCUCCUUUGUGGAUUACCAGACCAGUAUGGUGAAAUACUCCAAGGCUAUUGCUGUCACCGCUCAGGAAAUGAUGACCAAAUCAGUGACGUCUCCAGACGAGCUGGGAUGUCUGGCCUCUCAGGUGACGGUGGACUACAGUCAGCUGGCUGUUCAGGGCCGACUGGCUGCUUACACAGCAGAGCCCGAAGAGAUUGGUUUCCAGAUCAAAACCCGGGUGCAGGAUCUCGGUCAUGGCUGUAUCUUCCUGGUCCAGAAGGCCGGAGCUUUACAGAUGACUCCAUCGGACAGUUUCACCAAACGAGAGCUCAUUGAAUGUGCCCGGACAGUCACAGAGAAGGUGUCCUUGGUGUUGUCGGCUCUUCAGGCAGGAAACAAAGGCACGCAGGCCUGCAUCACAGCCGCCAGCGCAGUGUCCGGCAUCAUCGCUGAUCUGGACACCACCAUUAUGUUUGCCUCUGCUGGAACACUCAAUGCAGAGAAUGAUGAAUCCUUCGCUGACCACAGGGAAAACAUUUUGAAGACGGCCAAAGCUCUAGUUGAAGACACAAAGAUGCUGGUGUCUGGUGCUGCUUCCGGACAGGACAAGUUGGCUCAAGCUGCCCAGUCAUCCGCCAAAACCAUUACCCAGCUCACAGAUGUGGUCAAACUGGGAGCUGCCAGCAUUGGCUCUGAUGAUCCUGAGACACAGGUGGUUCUGAUAAAUGCUGUCAAAGAUGUGGCCAAGGCGCUGGCUGAGCUCAUUAGUGCCACCAAGUGUGCUGCUGGCAAAGCAGCAGAUGAUCCAUCUAUGUACCAACUGAAGAGUGCGGCCAAGGUGAUGGUAACUAAUGUGACGUCUCUGCUAAAGACGGUAAAGGCUGUGGAGGAUGAAGCCACUCGGGGCACCAGGGCACUCGAGGCCACAAUCGAGUGCAUCAAACAGGAGUUGGCGGUGUUUCAAUCUAAAGAUGCUCCCAACAAGACAACCACACCAGAAGAAUUCAUUCGUAUGACUAAGGGCAUCACCAUGGCAACAGCUAAAGCAGUGGCUGCAGGGAACUCAGCACGACAGGAGGACAUCAUCCAUACAGCCAACCUUAGCCGCAAGGCCAUUUCAGACAUGCUCAUCACCUGCAAGCAAGCAGCCUAUAACCCAGAGGUCAGUGAGGAGGCGAAGAGGAGAGCUCUGACGCUGGGAGUAGAGUGCACAACUGGAUACAUUGAUCUGCUGGAACAAGUGUUAUUGGUCCUGCAGAAGCCCACUGCAGAGCAGAAGCAGCAGCUGGCAGCUUGCUCAAAACGAGUGGCAGGAGCUGUCACAGAGCUCAUCCAAACGGCUGAGGCCAUGAAAGAUGGAGGUUCCGAGUGGGUGGACCCCGAGGACCCGACUGUGAUUGCAGAAACAGAGCUGCUUGGGGCAGCGGCAUCCAUUGAAGCAGCAGCAAAGAAGCUGGAGCAACUCAAACCCAGAGCCAAGCCCAAGCAGGCAGAUGAGACUCUAAAUUUCGAGGAGCAGAUUCUGGAAGCAGCCAAGUCCAUCGCUGCAGCCACCAGUGCUUUGGUGAAAUCCGCCUCAGCUGCCCAGAGAGAGCUGGUGGCUCAAGGAAAAGUGGGCUCCAUUCCUGCAAACGCUGUGGACGAUGGACAGUGGUCCCAGGGCCUCAUCUCUGCUGCGCGUAUGGUUGCAGCUGCUACAAGCAACUUGUGCGAGGCAGCCAAUGCCUCGGUGCAAGGCCACGCCAGCGAGGAGAAGCUCAUCUCCUCGGCCAAACAGGUGGCGGCGUCUACUGCCCAGCUGCUGGUGGCCUGCAAGGUGAAAGCUGACCAGGACUCUGAGGCCAUGAGGAGACUACAGAUUGCUGGGAAUGCUGUGAAGAAGGCAUCAGACAACUUAGUGCGAGCAGCUCAGAAAGCAGCAUUUGACAAAGCAGAUGAAGACAAUGUGGUGGUCAAGACAAAGUUUGUUGGUGGAAUAGCACAGAUCAUUGCAGCCCAGGAGGAGAUGCUUAGAAAGGAGAGAGAGCUGGAAGAAGCCAGGAAGAAACUGGCUCAGAUCAGACAGCAGCAGUACAAGUUCCUGCCCAGCGAACUACGAGAGGACAACAAUUAAAUUCACAAGAAGCCGUGACGGCUGCCUGAGCUGGUGCAAGAAGCUCAUCUGUGUUCAUCUAAAAAUUAGUGUCCUUUUACUGACACACAGGUAUAUGGUCGACAGCGACAUUAGUAUAUAUGUGACCGAUUGAACAGGUAAUGCCCAAAUCUGCAGUGAACAUCACUGACUGAGCCCCACAUGGAAAGGUCUCCAAGUCAACUUAUACAAUGAAAUACAACUCUGUGAAACAGACUACUGUCAGAAAACAACAUAAAGAUUGUGGUGAAAAGACUGAAGAACUGCUUUUUGUCCCUGGGUUUAGCAUUGACUGAUGUAAUCUGAGACAGAAUGUGACCGGCUUGGACAAACCGUACAGCGCACAUGCUCCCAAGCCAUAGUUUCUCUCUUUUUGUUUUACAAGUUGCAGCUCUAGUUCAUAAACUCUUAAGAUGAAGAAUUGAUUGUAUUGCUAAUGUCAUGUCCUAUAGUCGUUUAACUGCAAUGUCACACAGACAGCAAAAGAAUACUCAGCUCGGUACUUGGAUAUUGUACGAAUGUGGGCCUUCAUGCUGUGUGGAAUGUGUUCACAUCCAGUUUGGCACCUUAAUAUCUGUCUGACUCAUGUAAAUCACAUGACUGUCUCAACAUGAACUGAUUGGUCAUUAACCCUAAUAUGAAAGAUGGUAGGAUUUUUGCAUAUUAGUGUUUCUUGGACCAUAUUGUAUGGAUAAUGAACAGUUGUUCUUGCAUCUUCCUGCCGUGUGAACAGUGAUUUAAGGAUCUCUAAGCUUUUAUUCUUUCUUUUUUCAAUGCUGAAAUGUGUUGGCUCUACAUGCAAAAUGACUGUCAUAUGAAGAUGCAACAGUUCUACAUGUCUGUCUAAGCCCUUUAUAUAGGUGUCCUUAAGUGCAGCUGCUAAGACUCGAAUAGAAUGUUUUACAUUAUAUUGCCAAGUGAACGCUUUUCUGCGUAGGACACUAUAUUACCAUGAGAAGGAAUAUUUAUUACUCCUGAGUAUUUUUAGCUGAGAGGGCUCUCUUAUUUACUACCACUGGCAGAGUCUACGAUGGCUUCAGGCAGGAGAACCUAUCAAAUAUCUUCCCAUUCCCUGUUCCCUCAGACAUCUUUUUAGUUCUCAACAUUUCAGGUAUUAAGGCCUACAUAGAGUAUAGACAGAACUUGAAUAUGAUGCAAUAACAUAGAUGGUGCUUCAGGGGGCGAUAUUGGUUUCCUUUACACCAUGUGAACUUCAAGUAAUAAUCCAGGAGAUAAUACAGUAUGAUUAAAGUUUUUUUUUUUUGCUUUCAAUACAUGAUAAAUUAUUCGAGGCUGAUUGGAAUUUUCCAUGUUGUCACAGAAAUGAAAAAUACCUGGGACAAAUACCUCAGACUCUGAAUGCCCUGCAGUGCCCCUUUUUGGGCUUUUGCACUUUGUGCUUCACUCAGUGGCAACUCAUCUCAAUCGAUUUACCUUUAACCCCACCCCUAAUGAAUCUCUGUCCCACCGAGAAUCAGUGGUUUCCAGCAAUACUCACUCACUGCCAGGGAUUAUUUCAAGUGAAUUCACCUUAAGCUUAAGAAAUUUGGGAGGCAGAAACAAAAACUCAAAUCUGAAAAUCACUUAGCAAUAAUCUGAUUCGAACAGAUUUGUAAGAUUUAGGGUUAGCUCUAAGGUCCUUUUGAGGUAAUUGAAGAGACGGUAAAGUGACUGCUACACUAAACCUUUUUUCUUUCUUAUUUGUCAGUCUUUGAAGUUAAGGGUGCUCUGUGCGAUUUUACUGAAUAUACAACUUGCUGCAAUAGAUGAACCUUAUGUUUACGGAGUUGAAUUGUACGUGUGUUUGGUUCCCUUGUCUUACUCUAUGGGCUGUGUUUCAAUAUUAAACUACAGUAUGUUGUAA